UGAUCCGGCAGAAGUUCUCCACGGCACCAGAGCAGCGACGGUUGGCGGGAGAAAUGGCUACGGCAAACAAAGGCACGAAGCCCAAGGUGGGGGGUGUCCGCUUUGCCCCAAACCAGACGGUGGAGGGCCCUUCCAGCCACGUCCACUUUGAUGAGAAGCUCCACGAUUCGGUGGUCAUGGUCACCCAGGAGAAAGACGGGAACUUCCUGGUGAAGGUCGGCUUCCUGAAGAUCCUGCACAAGUACGAAAUCACGUUCCUGUUGCCUUUUGUACAGCGCCUGGGGAAAGAAAUAUCUGCCGCGCCGUUGCCGAACCUGAACCUUCGAGUGAUCGACAUCACGCCGGCGUCCGAAGGUUACAACGUCAAGUGCGAGUACACGGCCCACAAAGAAGGGGUCCUCCGCGAGGAGGUGGAGCUCCACAGCGCGACCAACAACAGAGCCUCCGUCAAGGUGGUGGUGCAGGCCAGAGUGAUGGACCGCCACCACGGCACGCCGAUGCUGCUGGAGGGGGUGAAGUGCGUCGGCGCGGAGCUGGAAUACGACUCGGAGCAAAGCGAAUGGCACGGCUUCGACUAGGCCGGAUCCUCGCCCUCCCUCGCAAAGCCCGGCCGACUGUCUAGGGUUUUUCUAUACAUAUCUACAUCUAUAUUUUCCAGUUCGGCUUGAAGUUUUAAAAAAAGCACCGCCUCAGCUGUUUACUGGCCGCCCGUCGCAGAGGGCGUCCUUGUCUCGUGCCGCUCUUAUGGAGCUUGUCUUGUGGGUACGGGCGCUCUGUUUACUUCCACCCUCCCCCCCGCGCCCGCUCGUCACGUCCAAACCCCCGCACCGCUAGCCCUCUGGUUUAAUGGACGGUUGUGGCUCCAGCCGACAGGCGAGGCGCGGACCGGCUCCCUGUCGUCUCUUCGGCCUCGAGUCCGCACCCGUGGUGUGCGAGAGCUCUGUGCCCGCAGACCUCCGGAAGGGAGGGCAGUGUCGGGAGAGGCCGUCCCCUGAGCCGCGUUGUGUUCUCUUCCGCUUCAGCGUGGCCCUGUCGUUUGCAAACCUCUCCAAAGUCUUUGCAGCCACCGUGGGAAAAGGAGACAGCGGCCCAUGCCGAAGGGGCCUCUCGUUCCCCCGGCUGUGCGGCGCUUUGACGGUGCGACGGGGAGCCUCCGGUGCAGGGCAGCAGCCUAAGCGCUCUUCUGACCCGUGGGCAGAAUGGAUCAGCUCUUCAGCUGUGAAAAACUGUUGGGGGGACAACAGGCGGCGUGAGUUGAUCUGGACAGUUCUGAGCCCCCCCGUUGAGCACUAAAAGGCUGAUUCGGGGGAGGGGGGGGAUUUGUCCCGCUCCAGAGAUUUGAGUGAGCCAUUCGGAGUUUCCUGGGUCACUGUAGGGGAGGGGCUGGUAGGACUUCUAAUAUGUAGCUCUUAAUUAUAGCUGCCCCAGUUCGCUGAGGCCAGUUCACAUGACCACUUUGGCCGGGGCAGGGUACACCUCUCUUAUUACACCCCGUCCUGCCCCCGUUUCCAAACUGAACUGCAAGCGGAUUAGCCGAAAGGGUUCCCGAUUCACAUUUGGGGGGCUUUUUCCACGUUCGCAUUUACCUUACUUGUAAGUCUCUGUUCCUUUGGGGAUCCCCCCGCUUUCCCACAUAUAUUUUGCUCCCUCUAGUGGCCGAUUUGCUAUUACACAGGUUUUAUGCCCGGCAUAUCUCCCCGCGGAUUUCAACAGCAGGUGGUUAUGCUGAGCACAAGCUGGCGUCCUACCGAAUCGACCACUAGAGGGAGCAAAAGAACUCCAAAGACACAGGGAUUUACAGGGAAAGGAAAAUAAGAAUGCAGAAAGUCUAAACGUAUCUAAGCAGAUGGCAAGUGAACUGUUCAGACAACUCCUUUUGCCCCCUCAAAGGGGACGUGUCCCAGAAAGGGGUGGGGACAACAGUGCCCAGCUUCUGGCCAGGUGGUUGUGCCGAUUGCCCCUCGUUCAGUUUGUUGAGAGGUGAGGUUUUCCUUAAGAGGGGAACUUGUCGAGGCCUUUUGAGAGAUUCCCGAGUGUUCUCUUUGUCGCAAGCCAUACGAUGUCUUGAAAAUGUGUGUAUGUGUGUUUCUCCUUUGUACUGCUGCAUUUUUUUAUUUUCAUCUCUCCCC